GGCGGGCCGGCAGGAAAUGACGAAGGCAGAGGUCGUCCAGGUCCGGUCGGUAACCGGGUCCCGCGCGUCCGGCCCCGACUCUGGGGAAAAGAGCCCCGAGCGGAGCAGCCUGGCCGCGUGCCGCCUCCGGAGCCAGCAGCGAUGAAGACAAGCUCUGUAGGAAUACACCAUUUAUCAAGGGGCCCAUGAACAGAAUUUUGUGAGAAAUGGAAGCAAGAAACUAACCUGGCUCAGAUCCAUUCAGGUGUUAGAAAACAGCCCCAUGCCUGGAGGUUACGGAGUGAUGGGUGACGAUGGCUCUAUGGAUUACAGUGUUCAUGAGGCCUGGAAUGAAGCCACCAAUGUUUACUUGGUAGUGAUCCUUGUUAGCUUUGUUCUCUUCAUGUAUGCCAAGAGGAACAAAAGGAAAAUUAUGAGGAUAUUCAGUGUGCCACCUACAGCAGAAACUUUAUCAGAGCCCAGCUUUUAUGACACAAUAAGCAAAAUUCGUUUAAGACAGCAACUGGAAAUGUAUUCCAUUUCAAGGAAGUAUGACUAUCAGCAGCCACAAAACCAAGCUGACAGUGUGCAACUCUCAUUGGAAUGAAAUGACAGAAAAUGAACAACAUAAGUAAUUGUUCAACAGUCUGGUAGCAAGCUCCUAAAUGUACUAAAUCAUGAACAGCAUUUUUUUUUAACCCUAUCUCCAUAAAAUCAUUUUACUUGUGACUUUCUUCCAGUUUUUUGUGUUUUGUUUUGCUUUUUAAAAUUGCAUCACCAAGUCAUUUGUUAUACAAAUUAAAAAAAAAAAAGUCUCAAAGGCGUGGACACAGAGAAUCUGUACAUCCUUAGGAAGAUAGAAUAUAACCAGAGAUGGUGAUUUUUACCUUGUGAAGACUUUUGAUUUCUUCAGGAUAUGAUCAGUCAGGAAUAAAAAUACAUCUUUGGAGGUGAGCGUAUGGAGCUUAUGCCACUUUGAUUUGAACAGUUUUGCAAAAUUAAAAAGUAAAAAUCCAUUCAUUGGAAUAACAUCCUCGAUUGUAUUCUGUGAUGAAUAUCAUAAUCAAUAAUGGACUCAUUUGUGUUCUCACCACUGUUAUUACCACACUUGAAUUGAAUUAACUAUCUUUGCUUCUUCAGAACUUACACAGGAGACUGUCUUUUCUACUAUCCUCAUGAAACAAACCCAUCUACUAAUUUUGGAAGCUUCCUGUGAUUGGAAUGUUUUCCCUUCAUUGUGUUCCCGGCAGUUUGCCUUUUUUUUUUUAAUCCCACAAUUUCAUUUCCACCAGAAGAGUUUCUUUGGACCAUACUGCAACCAUGCUGUGGAAUAAAUGGGCACCUCUCUAUUGGUGUUAGCAACUUGCUUUUUUGGUCAUGUAACUCUCAAGUUUAAUGUAACUGGAUACUUACGCUUUUUUAGCAUAAUAAGCUUCCCUGAAGACUCUCAUAUCUUGUACCAUUUUGUACCAUACAUGGAAAUGUUUUUACCAAAUUUUUCCUAUUUAUUUAAAUAAAAGUUGGUGGGAGGUAGUUGCAGGGAAAUUUCACUGUCCAUAUCACUGUCCAAGAAUUAGUUUUUGAAUCAAAGCUAUUCUUAAUUUUAAGAGUUAGAGUUAAUAUUUCAAGCACUGUUUCCUUUUCUCUUUAUUGUGAAGUAAAGAACAUAAAUUUUAAAUGAAAAGGUUUAGACCAAAUAAAAUUAUUGAGGGAAAUUGCAUUUGUUUUUAAAUUUUAAUUAUAUUAUUCAAAAAUGUCUAUCUUGUUCAAGGUAAAUUGUUGACUAAAUGGAAUAAUUCUUGACUCACAAAUGAGUUUGAAUGCACUGCUGAUACAGAGAAUAAAAAACUGACUACAGGAUUGUAAACAGUUAUAAUUAUGGGCCGGGAAUAGCAGAGCAGCAGGGGGAUGAUCUCCUUAAACUUUGCUUUGCUCUUAGGAAAACCACCGUAUAUUUCUGUGAGCAGGAAAUGUGAUCAGGAGCAGGAGCAGUUUACUUGUGUCACUGACAUAUUGCACAAUCUGGACAAAUUACAAAAACUGGCUAUUUCAGAUGAUUUGUAAAAAUAGUGUACAUAAAUAAAUGUAAAUCACAAUGAAA